UUUGGUAAUACAAAAACAAUAAAUAAAACAAAUAUUAAAAUUAUUAGUAUUGGUACAUUAUUAAAUAUUGUUAAUGGAGCACCAGCUGAUUAUGAUGCAGCAAUACGUGCUGAAAGAUCAGCAAAUUUAUCACAUAUUACUGGACCAUCUAAGAAAAUUCAAAUAUUUAUUAAGAAUAGAUUUCUUCAAAUAUUUCCAGAUGGUACUGUUAAUGGUUCCAGUGAUCCGUCAAAUUAUACAAUUAUUCAAAGGACAUCAGUUUCAAUUGGUCAACUUAAAAUACAGGGUGUCGCAACUUGUCUAUAUCUUUGUAUGGAUGCUUGUGGUUUAGUAUACGGUUCACGAGAAUAUACAGAUGAAUGUGUAUUCAACGAAAUGCUUGAACAAAGUAGAUACAAUACAUAUAGCUCAGUAAGAUGGUCAACACCACGUAAAACCUAUUAUUUAGGUUUAAAUCGUAAUGGACAACCACGUAAAGUACAAUAUCGUGGUAAUAAUUGGGAUAAACUUGCUGAAUAUGCACGAGUAUUACCAAUAACAGUACCAAAAGAACGUAUUGUUGCUAUUGAAAAAAUAAGUACAUGUCCAAAACAUAAUAUUCGUCAUCAUCAUAAUAAAUCACAUGGACAUCAUCAAAAUCAUAAUCAAUCAUCGCCAAUAAUAUUGCCAAAUGAUAAAGAUGACAAGGAUAAAUUUAAAUGUAAAAAAAAUGAUAAAAGAAAAAAACGUAAAAGACGAUGUAAAAUUGAUGAUAAACCAAAAUUUGAUUGUAAUAUAUCAAUUAAAAAUCAUGAAAAUAAAAUUAAGACUGAUGAUAAAAUUGAAUUACAAUCAAAAAGAUCAUGUCAAGAUGCAGCAAGUGAUGAAUUUUGUCGUCAACAAAUACUUGAUGCAUCAACAAAAAAACGUAAAUCACGAAAAGACACUGAUAAUAAUAAUAAAAAAAAAAAUAACAAUAAUAAUAAUAAUAAUCAUAAAAAUAAAAAAAUUGAUAAUAUUUCACCACUAUCAAGUAGUUUUAAUAAUGAUAAUAAUAAUAAAUCAUUAAUUGAAAAAAAAAAUAUAAAAAUUGAUGAACAAUAUAGUGCAUUAUUAGAAGAUUCAACAAUCGAUAGUAUAACUGUUAAAACAGAAACAACUGAUUCAACUUUAUCAUCAUCAUCAUCAUCAUCAAAAUUAUUAAAUCCUUCAUUGGAUAUAUCAUUGACAAUUGACUCUUCAGUUGAGGUCAGUGAUGAAGAUUCAAAUUCGCAUGAAGAAGAUACAAUUAUAACAAAUGAUUAUGGUAUACCAAUGACAACAAUGGAUACAACACCACCAGAAAGAACUGAAGAUUAUACUAAAGCAACAACACAAUCAAUAUUACAAUUUUUAAAUAUAAAUAAACAAUUAAAUGAUGAUACGAUAAUUAAAAAAUUAAAUGAUCCAAUUGGUCAAUUUGCUAUGUAA